UUCCAGCAUGUGUUUGUCGUUAAAACGGCAGACGAGUGACCAUAAAAAAGCGCAGCUCGUUCACCGCUGCCAAUUUCUUCCCCGAAGCCCCCCCACAAUACUAAGAGAGAGCUGCCGCGCGUGACAAAUUGUCUGCGUGAGAGAGGAGGACUGGAGGAGCGAGGGGGGGGCGGAGGAGAAGAAUCGUCUUAAAAAUGGCGCCCUGUGAAGAAAAGGGGCCGGAAUAGCUUCGGUGCGGAGUGGGCUUGCGUAUCGGAGCUGCUGAGGAACGCGGAGCUGUGCGCGGGAGACAAUAGACAGUGAAAUAUAUGGGGAGGAGGUGCUCCUGGCUGAUGUGACCCCCUCCUCCUCCUCCGCCUCCUCCUCCUGCUGCACUCGCUCCUUCUCCUCCUCCCUCCAUUCCUCCCAGUCUACAGGCUCGUCGAGCCGAGAAAUAAACAGAAGCGAGCGCACAGAAGGAAGAAGAGAGGACAUUCCUCCCCUCUCUCUCUCUCACUCUCUCUACCCCUCCAGUCUCCCCCCCCACCACCCCACCCGCAGUAUCUGCUGCCCAUCUUCAUCCAGGCAGCCUCCUCUCUUUUUUUUUCUUUUUCAUGGAGAGGAAUUAUCCCGCAGCUGGUUUUGGAGAUCUCGGCUCUGGGACGGGAUGGAGUUACGACAGAUCGGCCAAAGCAAGCCUCAUGUAUGGGAGUGCCAGGUCGUCGCACCACGACUCAGAGCUGCUCCACCGGCAGGCCUACGGAAGCCCUCACCCGCUUCAGGGUUAUGCAACCAACCACCACCCAGGAGGCUCCAGGCAGAGUGGGGCCUGGGGUGGACGCACAUUGGGCCUGUCAGGGCUGUUUGAUGCCGGUCUCCACCACUCGGGCCCCUCGGGUCCCGAUCCAUCCGUCAUGAAUCUGAUUUCAGCUUUGGAUUCCCGCGGUCCGCAGCCCCCGCCCUCUGCUUCUUCCCUCCUCACACAGUUUCGCACUCCUUCUUGGCAGACCGCGAUGCACAGCCCGGCCCCAACGGAGCUCUUUAUUUCAGGAGCUCUUCCGGGUUCCGCUUCCUUCUCCUCCUCCUCCUCGGCCCUUUCUGCAUACCAGCAUCCCGGCUCUUUCUCCGGACGCUCUUUCACUCCUUCAUUAUCCCUGCAGGACACAGCCGCCUUUAGCCCAAAUUCCAAUGGUUUGUUGUCCCCCCAUGAUCCCUUGAUGCACAUUAAGACCCCCUCCCAGUCCAGCUUGGGAUUUGAUCGCCUGCUGUCUUCUCAGAGCAGCGCCUACCGGAGUUCCCAGGAGCUAGCGGCACCUCCUCCGAGCCACGUCCCGCCCAGCUCCUCCAGUUGCCACCUGCCCCCUCCCCAGUUUAACCUGCUCUCCUCCCAGCUCCACAACCAGUCCUCUCAGCUCUAUAACGCCUCCAUGUUUUCCUCCACCCCGGCCCUGAUAGCCACAGCCCCCGCACAGGACAGGACGCUUCCUCGGCAGGAUAGCGUGAUCAAGCAUUACCAGCGUUCACCGCCAGCUCAUUCCGCAACGCUCCCGCCGCAGCAAUAUCUCAGUUGCGCCGGGUCAGUGGGCUACCAGCAAUUGCCGAGCCAACACCAUCACGCCGGCGUCUCCUAUAGUCCCUCGGGGGAGCAGAGUCCGCCCUCAGAUCCCAAACGCUCGCCACAGGCCGAGUCGCGGCCGUAUCGACCGAACAUUAAAACCCCCUACGCUUCUUCUUCCUCCAGCUCGGCCUCCUCCUCCUCAGCCGAGACGAAAGAAUCCGAGAGCUCCACGACUGGCUACUCAUCAAAUUCGGUCUCGUCCUCGUCACGGGCCUCCCACACGCCGCCGCUGUCGUCCAAGGGAUCUUCAUCCCCUUCAAACCCCAAGGGCAGCGCCGCCAGCUCAUCGGCUCCCUCGCGUCCGCAGCCCCCACCUCAACCGGCACCGGCGACGGCACCGCCUCCUUUACCGGUGGUGUCAUCGGCCCAGUCAGCUCCCAAACCGUGCCUCUCUACGUACGGUUCUCCGCCUGGGGCCAAAUCGAGCACAAGCCUAUCGGGCCAGACCCCUCCCCAGCAGCAAGCCCAGUCAUACUCUCCCGACCAGCUAGCACCGACUCCCGGCACUCAAUCUUGCUUCAGUUCCCCUAAAACAUGUGACAUGAGCUCUGGAGCCGGGGGGAAUGGAGGCAAGGCUUUCGCUGAUUUAGGCGCCGGCGGACGCUCAUUCUCAGCCGAAAUUGUCUUUGGGGACUCGAGCUUCAGUUCGGCUCCUCACAGAAGAGCAGAGAGUCCUUCUCCAGGGUACGGGACUGCUGCGGGAUCGACAGGAAGUGGAGCAUCAGCAAUUUCCACCCUCGAAACCGGACUUGGAUCUGUCGCUUCAGGAAGUGGGGUUGCCAGUGGAGGCAGCACUUCGUACCGCUUGAAUGAGUCGAGUCCAUCACCCGCCGUCACUUCUACCGUCCCUCAUCCGGGGUUGCGCUCUCCUGCUUCUGCUCGACCCGCGCAAUCGCCCGGAGGUUCGGGGGCCGGCACGUACCUGCCCUCCAUGCUCUCACCCACGUUCAUGGCAUCGUCACGUAACCCGACUGAAACGCAACAGCCCUACCGCCCAGCCGCACCCAAAACCAAAACACAGGCCAACAUGCUGGGGGUGGAGCGCUCCCAAAUGGAGGAAGCAGAUGAUUUCCUCAUCCAGCAAUUGCUCCAUACACAAAGUUCAACUUCUCAUUCUGCCCAGCAUCAUCCGUCUUCUCUGCAGAUGCCACAACAGCUCCCGCUCGCGGGAGAUACAGAAGCCAAGGGAGCGACUUAUGACAUGAACAAGAUCUCAGACGAGCGUCACCACCUUCACAGUGUGAUUCGCGCAAAUAGCGCCACUGGCGCUGCGGACCCUGACACGUCGAUGAGUAAAGUAACGGGUGGCUUGAAGAGUCAGUUGGAAAUAUCACGGAAGGAGCGGCAACAGCCCGAGUCUGAGUUGACAAGCUCGAAAUCCACUUCGGAAGGGGUAGGAGGAGUCACAGACCCUCUUUGCCAUCCUAACCGCUCCCGCCAGCCAGAACAGGACUCCCUGGUUUCUGCGGGUCACUACGGAGGAGGGGACCCCUACGCCCAGCACCCGCAUUCUCAACAUUCCCACCACAUCUCGCACCUGUCGCCCCAUUCUCAAAAGCAAGCGCAAUGUCGGCAGUCCCAGCUCUCUCAGCACACACAGCCCUCCCAGACUUUGGAUCGGACCGACGGCCCCUACUUGUGCAAUACGACAGAUGUGCAGCAGUCUGGACAAAACCAGGUUUCGCACCAGAUGAUGACUUCGCAACCGGACUGCCCUCAGCAAACUCACAUGCUGCAUUCUCUCAUGCCUCGGGCUAAAAUGGACCCCCAGCAAGCGCCGCAGCACCAUCCCUUGAGCCAGCAAGGUAUCAUGGGACCAGCUCGAGGAGCAGGGCUCGCGGGGGCGGAUUCCCACACGCACAGUCGGUCCUCGCAGCUCCAACUCCAGCUGCAGAAUCAGAGUUUGGAUCCACGCUAUAACCUCGGAGCGCCGAGAGAUCAAAGGCGAGUAAGCCAGAACUCGGCGUCCCCGCUGGAUAUGUUGGACCAGCGUCUUUCACAGCCAAGGAGCAGGGAGAGUGGAGGAUCUCUAUCUUUGGAUCGACAUGGCAUCAGGACUGGUGCCAAUAUUACGGAAGGCGAUGGCGUCGCCGGGGAAAGACACGGACAACAGCACGGUCUGCCGUCCCACCACCUUGGUCGACAAACGGCCCCCGAGCUUCAUGGCUUCCUCCCCGAACCGGACUUGGCUUUACCCACCGGCUCUCACUUGCACCACGUCAACCAGUCUCAGAGCCACGCCCACCACCGACAGCAAGCGCACAGUCACCAUCAACCUUCCCACACCCAUUUAGCUCAUCCGCAGUCACAUCAGAUGGUGGGAAAUAUCGGAACCGGCCAACAACUGCACCAGUCCCAAGCCAGAGAGACCGACCACCAACCGUCCCACUCUCAGUUGGACCGUCUUAAGCCCCCCCACCACUUUGACACUGUGAGCCCCGGUGGGAAAACAAGACUGAAUCCAAAUCAGCAACAGGAGCAGUUUACAUCCUUGACGUCCAUCUGCUUUUCGGACUCCCUCUUAAAUGAUGAAGACCGGACUUUCUUUCCAGGAGUGGAGGACAUGUUUUGCUCUGCAAAUUAUAAGUCCAGUUGCGCCGGGGAUUCUGGGAGUGGACAGGCUUCGCAAGAGAGCAUUCCCCAAGGUCGUGGGCAAGAGGGCAUGGAGGUCUUAAAAACGGGAGAUGCUGGACAAGGUUACGGUCUGGUUGCUCACCACGGAGAUCAGGGCUACGGACAAUAUUGUCACUCUCUCUCGGGAUUAGGGAAUACCACUCUGAAUGCGGAUCUGGACUCGAUGAAGACCCACGAUCUGCCCUCAACCGUGAACACCGAUCAACUCGGCCUCAUACAGUCCCAGGCCCCCACGAUGGGAUCGAAUCCCACUGCUCAAGACUCGGUCAACAAAAUGACAGCGUCUGUGGGAGUCGUCGGAGGCCCGAGCAAUACUGCUCUGACCGCGGCCAUUUUUUGUUCAUCCCGACCCAAAAAACUGCUCAAGACCAGCUCGUUUCAUUUGCUUAAACAGCGACGUGAGCCCCAACCCCUGGCUAAGAAAAAUUACGCGCAAGAAUAUGAAUUUGAAGACGACGAAGACAAAGCCGACGGUCCGGCCGAUAUCCGUCUCAACAGCCGACGCCUUCCCGACCUCCUCCCCGAUUUGGUUUCGAGUUGUCGAAAGUCCAGCGGGGCGUCGGCAGUCGGUGGGCUCGGUCCGCUGAUGGGUGACGUGGACUUCUGCCACCCGUCCGGCUAUUCGUCCCUGGGACAGUCGCAACCGCUCCUCGCCCAGGAUGGCCCAAAGAAAAGGGGGAGGAAACCAACCAAACCAAAACGCGAAGGCCCUCCUCGCCCCAGAGGUAGACCUCGAAUACGCCCUCUCCCGGAGCCUUCCUACUGUCGGGGCCUGAUGGGAUCAGCCGCUGGGGAAAGUAGAAGGGGGCGCGGGAGGGGUCGAGGUCGGGGUAGGAGGGAGGAAGCGCUCGUGGAAAUGCACCAAGAUAUGAGCAAAGCGCACGACCUCCCCUAUCAGCAGCACCCGCAGCCACACUUCAGCCAAGAGCGGCAUCUCCGACACAAUCCGCAUGAGCAUCACAGACUGCAGCUAGAUCACCACCAAAUAUCGCAACAGCAACAAGGACGUCUCUUGCAUCAUCCUGUGACCCCCUCCCACCACCAAAUGCAUCACCAACAACAGCAACACGGUUACCAACAACAUGUGCAGCGACCGGCUCAACAGCUGCAACAAGAUCCAGGCAGCCCCAUCAAGGUCACGCACACGCCGGUUUCUGCCGUGCCCCCGUCAGAAUCAUUGCUGAGGAGCGACUCACUGUCCGGCACGGAUCCAGCCCUGUCUGAUGGAUCCAUGGGGUCAGCGGCAUCGCUCGCCGACGCCUUCCCGACCUCCUCCCCGAUUUGGUUUCGAGUUGUCGAAAGUCCAGCGGGGCGUCGGCAGUCGGUGGGCUCGGUCCGCUGA